AUGGUUCUCGUCGACACUAGUGUAUUUAUCCCAGAUUCUGAUCAUUUAAACAAUGUUGAAAGUUUAUUAAAACUCCCACUUAAAAUAAUUCCUUCCGGACGCCCAAGGCAACGAGCAGUUUCUGAAGCUCAAGAUGAUUCAGAUUCUGACUUCAACUUCACUGAUGUAUUGAGAGAACUCCGUACAGAGCUCGAUGUUAGGAAAAGAGAAGAAGCGAAAUUAGAGAAAGAGAUCGCCGCUGCUCUGGCCGAGGGAAGUGCAGCUGGUUUCGAACAAUCCCGUACUUUUGCUAUGGCCGUUUCUAAGCUGAACAACAGUUUGUUAGUUGUUGAGUCAGAUGCGAAACAGUUAGCAACAAGCUUGGCUACCAUUUCUAGAUUAGCUGACAACAUCAGUGGGAAGGUUGUUGAUCAGUUCUCAUUAGCUAAACAAGAUGUUGUUAAAGGUUUCUGCACUUGA